AUGGAGAAACUGUGGAAAUGUGGGGACUGCAUUCACACCGACGAGAGACCAUUCACCUGCCCUGACUGUGGGAAGGGAUUCAGAUCCCUAUCUAAGGUGGAGAUUCAUCAACGCAGUCACACUGGGGAGAGGCCGUUCACCUGCUGUGAGUGUGGGAAGGGAUUCACUCAUUCAUCCAACCUCCUGACGCACAAGCGAGUUCACACCGGGGAAAGGCCAUUCUCCUGCUCUGAGUGUGGGAAGGGAUUCAGUGAUUCAUCCACCUUGCGGAAGCAUCAGCGAGUUCACACUGGGGAGAGACCAUUCACCUGCUCUGAAUGUAGGAAAGGAUUCACUCGGUCAUCCAACCUGCUGAUGCAUCAACUGCACCAGCGCAUUCACACUGAGGAGAGGCCAUUCAGCUGCUCUCACUGCAUAAAGAGGUUUAGAACGUCAUCCAGCUUUCGGAUACACCAGCAAGUUCACACCGGGGAGAGGCCGUUCACCUGCUCCGAGUGUGGGAAGGGAUUCAGUGAUUCAUCCACCCUGCAUACACACCAGCAAGUUCACACUGGAGAGAGGCCGUUCAUCUGCCCUGAGUGUGGGAAGGGAUUCACUAAUUCAUUCAACUUGCGAACACACCUGCGAGUUCACUCUGGAGAGAGAAGCCAGAGCCCAGGUCCAAACCGAAUGCAUCAGUGA